GCGGGGAGCGCAGUGAAGGGGGUGGGACCUGAACAUGGCGGCGGUGGUAGCUGCUACGGCGCUGAAGGGCCGUGGGGCUAGAAAUGCCCGCGUCCUCCGGGGGAUUCUCUCUGGAGCCACAGCUAACAAGGCUUCCCAGAACAGGACCAGAGCACUGCAGAGCCACAGCUCACCGGAGUGCAAGGAGGAGCCUGAGCCCCCCCUCUCUCCUGAGCUGGAAUACAUUCCCAGAAAGAGGGGCAAGAACCCCAUGAAAGCUGUGGGACUCGCCUGGUACAGCCUGUACACCAGAACCUGGCUCGGGUACCUCUUCUACCGACAGCAGCUUCGGAGGGCUCGGAAUCGCUACCCCAAAGGCCAUUCCAAAACUCAGCCCCGCCUCUUCAAUGGAGUGAAGGUGCUUCCCAUCCCCGUCCUCUCCGACAACUACAGCUACCUCAUCAUCGACACCCAGGCCGGGCUGGCUGUGGCCGUGGACCCGUCAGACCCGAGGGCUGUGCAGGCUACCAUUGAAAAGGAAAGAGUUAACUUGGUUGCCAUCCUCUGCACCCACAAGCACUGGGACCACAGUGGAGGGAACCGCGACCUCAGCCGGAGGCACAGGGACUGUCGCGUGUACGGGAGCCCUCAGGACGGUAUCCCCUACCUCACCCACCCCCUGUGUCAUCAAGAUGUGGUCAGUGUGGGACGGCUUCAGAUCCGGGCCCUGGCCACCCCUGGCCACACUCAAGGCCACCUGGUCUACCUGCUGGAUGGGGAGCCCUACAAAGGUCCUUCCUGCCUCUUCUCAGGGGACCUGCUCUUCCUCUCUGGCUGUGGACGGACUUUCGAAGGCACAGCAGAGACCAUGCUGAGCUCGCUGGACACUGUGUUAGACCUGGGGGAUGACACCCUGCUGUGGCCUGGACACGAAUAUGCGGAAGAGAACCUGGGCUUCGCAGGUGUGGUGGAGCCCGAGAACCUGGCCCGGGAGAGGAAGAUGCAAUGGGUGCAGAGGCAGCGGAUGGAACGCAAGAGCACGUGCCCAUCCACCCUGGGAGAGGAGCGCACCUACAACCCAUUCCUGAGAACCCAUUGCCUGGCAUUACAGGAAGCUCUGGGACCGGGGCCAGGCCCCACCAGUGACGAUGGCUGCUCCCGGGCCCAGCUCCUGGAGGAGCUGCGCCGGCUGAAGGACAUGCACAAGAGCAAGUGAUACCCCCAGCCCACCCCCGGUCCCGGCUGUCCCCACAGAGGGGAAGCCACCCAUCACCCACACCUCGCCAUCCUCUUCAUCACUAACGCCACCACCGCCACUGGUGCCCUAGGCAGCACCAUUUUCCUCCAGACUGUUUCGGGAGGGCACAGCCAGCAGGGACCUAGAGGAGGAGGCAGCAGCAGGCCAGUGCGGCUGGGUGUUUAGGAAGGCAGCACCUGGGACAUCCCUAGACUUUGCUGCCUUGGAGGGUCUGCCUCCCUUCCCCCACUCAUAGACCAAUAGCCAGAUCCUGAAAGGCCGCUGUCGGCUCCCCUUCCAGAGGCCACACCCCCACUGGAGCCCUAGAACCCAGGAGAGCGGAGCUCUGGCCAGGUUAGUCUAUCCUCCACUCCUCCCCCUCCAGGGCUGUCAGAGAAGCUCACCCCAAAAACAGUGUUGUGAGGUGUGGUGCCUGGGAGAGUGGUUACCAACAGGGGCAGCCGGAGACUCUAAGCCCUACCUUACCCUGCUAAGACAUUGCCAGGCCGAGAUGUUCCUAAGAACACACAGGGCCGGAAGCCUGGCUCUGGCCAAUCCCUGAAGGCCAGAGGGAAAGUUUCCUGAUUGCCAAGGAAUCUUCUGCCUCAGGCCAAGGAGACACAAGACGCUGGGAUACAGAGCCACACGCCACUCAUCUGUCCUGGAUCUGCCACUGGCCUCUGCUCCUGCCCCAGGUCACAAGGGCCUGCCUUCCCAGGGAAGAGUGAGCUGUGGUCUGCCUGAGAGAUCCUGCUUUCCCCUUGGGGCCCUUGUUCUUAGGAAUUCCUGCCUGCUUCUGUCUUCCUUAACGUCUUUUGCUUUAUCCUCACCUCUUUUCUUGUUGACGUCAUUAAAGGCUGGUUCUUUCAGUCCUGGUACUCAUCUGGCUCCUUGCAGUUUUCAAAAAAAGAAGAAAAAAGACCUUCCAUCUCCACCUGAUUUCCCUCGGAUCCCAGGCCCCACUCUGGCAGUGUACAGAAAGCCCAGGUCUGGGAGCAGGGAGCUCAGUUGAGUACCAGCUUCCAGGAGCCAGGCUCAAGGCUGCCCCACUGCUCAUCCCUCCUCCCACUCUGCUUGUCCUCUGGUCUCAGGUCAAGGACCGCUGUGGUCCUUUAGCAGGCAGACUCGGGUUAGCUAGGAGCCUCCCCUUGGGAUGCGCAGUGCCCUCUGCUGUUCCUCCCAGAUGCCCCUGCCCUCAGUUCUCCUGUCAUCUGGCCUUGGCUGCCCUCUCCAGCCCCUGCCUUUGGAACCCACUCUAGCAAUAUCACCAGACUAGUUAGCCUUCCCCUCCCCCAAGACACGCAGUUCCACGCCUUUGUGCCUUCGCUCACGCUGUUUCUUCAGCCCGAAUGCCUUCCCGCUCCUCCUGCCUCCUCUGCCUGUAUUAGCCUCUCCCAGGCCCCUCCCCCAGGAAGGCGUCCCUCACCCAUCUUCCAGGCUACCUCUGCACCUGUAAAUGCUUCUCGUGGCACCCAUCACACCAUACUUUGUUUACAUGUUUGCCCCCUUCUAGACUGUGAACCCUUAAGGGCAUGGACUGUAUCUUAUGCAUCUCUGUAUUCUGCGCCUAGCACGGUGCCUGGCACACAGUAGGCGCUCAAUAAAUGUUGAAUGAAUGAUUUAA